GAGUUUCGCGUUUCGUUUUUAGCUAAUCAAGAUGGCGGAUAAUAUUUGGUUCACGGACUGGAGUUGAAAUCGCAGGAGCGGAAUUUGGGUUGCGGGAGAUUGUGAUGUUGAGCGGCAGGAUUUAUUCACCACGAACAGAGCAUCUACAGAAAUCUUCACUCCCAGAUGCCACUGAGAUGUUUCGAGCCUCGAGGGCAGUGGUAGCUCAGUGAGUGAUCAUGCAAGGGGUGGGGGUGCUAACUUUCGCACACACGUGUACUACACUUUAGCUCGGAUCAGAGGAUCGGUCGCUUGUAGAUCGGAAUCCUCGAUUAUUGGCGCGAACUUUCGAUCGGUGAAACAUGAAAACAUGAGCCAUCCGUACGAAGAUUGUUUCCUGACCACGUUUUGUUCUCUCUAGAGUUCAGAGAAGGAGUCCAGCUUUGGAAACUUUAAGCAAGUCUAAUGAAGCGAGCGGCUGCAAAACAUCUAAUUGAGCGCUACUACCACCAGUUAACCGAGGGCUGUGGAAAUGAGGCCUGCACGAAUGAGGCUUGUGGCUCCUCCCCAGGUUUCCGGCGCAUGGAUAACAAUGCAGCGGCCAUCAAGGCCCUGGAGCUGUAUAAGAAUAACGCCAAACUGUGUGAUCCCCAUCCCUCCAAGAAAGGUGCCAGCUCGGCUUUCCCGGAGAACAGUGCCAAAGGAGCUCUCAACUUUUCAGCUUGCAGCAACGGGAAGAUGAACCACAAGGACCUGCCUCCCACCAGGGAAGAUUUUAGAGAUUUGAAUUACUUGACGGAGGAGAAGGUUUAUGAAAUUCUGUCUGUCUGUGAUGAGACGGAAGACUACUCCCCUUUGAUCCGUGUUAUCGGGAGGGUGUUCUCAAACGCCGAGAGCUUGGUGCAGAGCUUCCGCAAAGCCAAGCAGCACACCAAGGAGGAGCUGAAGUCACUGCAGGCCAAAGACGAGGACAAGGAUGAAGACGAGAAAGAGGCCGCCUCGGCUUGCGCCGCAGCUGCUAUGGAAGUGGACCCGGAUGCGGCAUCCUCGAGCGAAGGAGCUUCCGACGUCAACGUCCGGAAGCCUGUGGAGGUGUCGGUGGACAUUGAGGCGGUGCGAAGAGUUUACGACAGGCUGCUGUCCAAUGAGAAGGUGGAGGCAGCCUUCCUGAACGCGCUGGUGUACCUGUCGCCCAAUGUGGAGUGCGACCUUACCUACCACAACGCCUACGCCGCCGAUCCCGACUACCUCAACGUGUUUAUCAUCGUGAUGGAGAACAGCAACCUGCAUAGCCCCGAGUACCUGGAAAUGGCACUACCGCAGUUCUGCAAGGCCAUGAGCAAGCUGCCCCUUCCUGCUCUAGCCAAGCUGGCACGACUGUGGGCACAGCACGGUGCGGAACACAUCCGGCGUCUACUCGAGACCUUCCAGCAGCUCAUCACAUACACCGUGAUCAGCAAUGAGUUCAACGGCGACAACCUUGUCAACGAGGAUGACGGCGUUGUGGCGGCCACCAAGUGCCUCAAGGUGGUCUACUACGCCAACAUCCUGGGGGGCGACCUGGACAUUGGGCACAGCGAAGACGAAGACGACGAGCCCAUAGCAGAAUCGAGUGAGCUCACGCUUCAGGAGCUGUUGGGUGAGGAGCGCCGCGCCAAGAAAGGCCCCCGUGUGGACCCGCUCGAAACUGAGCUUGGCGUACGCGUCUCAGACUGCCGCAGCCCCCUUGUCCCUUUUGACGAGUUCAUCAACGAGCCUCUCAACGACGUGCUGGAAAUGGACAAAGACUACACUUUCUUCAAGGUGGAGACAGAGAGCAAGUUCUCCUUCAUGACCUGCCCGUUUAUCCUGAACGCCGUCACCAAGAACCUUGGCCUCUACUACGACAACCGCAUCCGCAUGUACAGUGAGCGCAGGAUCACCGCGCUCUACAGCCUGGUGCAGGGACAACAGCUCAACCCCUACCUGCGUCUCAAAGUGCGUAGAGACCACGUCAUCGACGACGCGCUCGUCAGGCUGGAGAUGAUCGCCAUGGAGAACCCGGCCGAUCUGAAGAAACAGCUGUAUGUGGAGUUUGAAGGAGAACAGGGCGUUGAUGAAGGAGGGGUCUCCAAAGAGUUUUUUCAGCUCGUAGUAGAAGAGAUCUUCAAUCCAGAUAUAGGCAUGUUCACUUACGACGAAAGCACAAAGCUCUUCUGGUUUAACCCCUCGUCGUUGGAGAACGAAGGCCAGUUCACGUUGAUCGGGAUUGUCCUGGGCCUAGCCAUCUACAACAACUGCAUUCUGGACGUGCACUUCCCCAUGGUGGUGUACAGGAAGCUCAUGGGGAAGAAAGGAACUUUCCGAGACCUCGCAGAUUCUCAUCCGAUUCUACAUCAGAGUCUGAAGGAACUGCAGGAGUAUGAAGGCAACGUGGAGGACGACAUGAUGAUAACCUUCCAGAUCUCCCAGACGGACCUGUUCGGGAACCCUCUCAUGUACGACCUCAGGGAAGGGGGAGACAAAAUCCCGGUCACUAACGAUAACAGGAAGGAAUUUGUAGAACUUUAUGCUGAAUACAUGCUGAACAAAAGUGUGGAGAAACAGUUCAAGGCCUUCAGAAGAGGCUUCCACAUGGUCACUAACGAGUCUCCACUGAAGUAUCUGUUCCGGCCGGAGGAAAUCGAGCUGCUGAUAUGCGGCAGCAGAAAUCUUGACUUUCAAGCUCUUGAAGAGACGACGGAAUACGACGGCGGUUACAGCAAAGACUGUCGCAUUAUUAAGUACUUCUGGGAGACGGUGCACUCGUUCGAACAAGAGCAGAAAAGGCUAUUUCUGCAGUUCACCACAGGCACAGACAGAGCGCCAGUGGGAGGCCUGGGCAAACUGAAGAUGAUCAUCGCCAAAAACGGGCCAGACUCGGACAGGUUACCGACGUCUCACACCUGCUUUAACGUGCUGCUCCUGCCUGAAUACUCCACCAAGGAGAAACUUAGAGAGAGACUCCUCAAAGCCAUCACUUAUGCCAAAGGCUUCGGCAUGCUCUGAGGUGCGAGGAGGAAAACAGCGGCAGAAAAGAAAAAACAACAAACAAACAAGCGGAACUUUUUUCACCUGUUCGUAAAAGGUGAAAUCGACAACACCAACAAUAUCAAGUUUUCAGUGUAAGGAUGUGAAAUGGGCUAAAACGGGGAAGUUGUGGUGACCGAGUGCCUGUGCCUAACUAAAGUAGAUAAAACCACACUGGACUAUUUUCUCUCUCUCUCUCUCUCUCUCUCUCUCUCUCUCUCUCUCUCUCUGCUCCUCUCAUGUAAGUGUUAAUUUUCCCUUUGUUUUUGUUUUUUGUAUGCACUGAAAUAUAGCACUAUUUAUUUUAAGGGAUUUCAUUUGUCCAGCGCACUUGUUCAAGGUUAAAGACCUUCAGGACUCAUCAUUGCAUACGUAAAACCCUAAAGAAAUCUGAAACCGAACAAAGGGGUGAGGAGGAGGAAGAGAAGGAGGACUGAUAAUCGGUGGUUAUCGUUGUAACUAUAUGGUUGAACUGUGAAAGUGCACUUAAUUAAUAUUCAGAAUGUCUGUCCGCGUUUUUUGUGUCAUCUCGGCCACUCGUCACAGUUCGUAGGUCUUCCCAGGUCAGUCCCGUGUGCCAGCUAUGGUUUUUUUUUUUCUUUUUUCUUCUUCUUUUUUUUAAAAUAGAGGUACAAAGCGAGUUCCGGUUUCCAGAACCUUCUCAGCAGGUAUUUAUUGAGGAACAGCACGUCGGCGAGGAUGUGCUGCUUGCUUAUGACCAGUGUUCUGUAUUUAGCUGCAGAGUCUGGGGUCUUGCUUCGGUGUGAUGGACACGUAACAAAAGAGAAAGCAAAAUAUUUUUCAUUUUAAUGUCAGGAUCUCUUUUUCAGACUUUUUAAACUAACAAGAUAAUGAAAUUCCAACCUCUCGCAUCAUUCUUAGUAGCUUCGGUCUGUCUGUACGUUAACGAUACGAAUGAUUUAACAGGUUUUGGCACAAACUGUCUCAUCGUCAUGACGUGCCAAACAUCAGGUUACAGCAGGAUACCUAUCAGGUUAGAGCUGGAGAUCCACUUUAGUGACGCCCCGGACCCAGAAAUAAUAAUAAUUUACAAAAAAAAAAGUGUUCUUUGCUGUCAUUUUUAGGUUUUUUUUUUUUUUUUUUUCCUCCAUCUUCCUCCAAAAAAAGCUAUGAAAAAGGUGUUUGUGGUUUGUUCCACUGCUGACGGCGCUCACGUUAAAGAACUUGAUAUUAAGUAUGAAAGCAUUUAAUGGAUUGUUUCAAGUUAUUCUUAAAUAAAUUUAAAAAAAACUGGAAAAAUUGUGUGAGAGAUGGUUAAUACGAGUCCACAGUUCUUGUCAUUUAUUUCAGCGAGAACGUGACGACUACACACAUCUCGCUUGUACACGGACAGGUUUGCGUAUGGACCAGUGGGACAGCUUCGGGAGAGCGACAGACGGUUGUUCAUUUUCUACGUACAGGCGUGGCAGAACUGCGUUUUCACCAGCAGUGACUACGUUUACAUGGACGGCAAUAAUGUAAUUAUAGACCUUAUUCUGAAUAAGACAAUAUUCUGAUUAAGGUGUUUACGUGAGUCGCUUUUAGAAUACUCCUUUCAUGUUCCCGUUUUACAUGUUACAGAACGUAGAUCGAUUAACGUCACACAUCACCGCACCACGCCGUCCGACGUUCCCGCCAGAAUUUCACGUAUCGACGUACAGUCGGUCUUCGUUAUGGGACCGUAUACAGUUUUGGGUGUUUUUAGUUUUAAUUUUACGAAAGCUUCAAGUGCGGUUAAUUAUCAGUCAUGCUGUACGUGCUAAUAGAAGACUGAUUGAAUCCGUGGGCUGCGUCCCAAACCGCGUACUUACCGUCUAUAUAGUAGCUGAAAUACGUGUGUUGUUGUGGUUUUGGACAGGCCACGCCCACAAGCAAAAAAACUACCUUGCGACGUGUCGACGGAGAGAUACUCCAGUGCUGAGAAAGCCUGUAUAGCUAACUACAAGAAGUUUUUCUGUCAGUGUGAGAAGUUUCUGACAGAUGCCUGGCAGCCAAGAUCAGGAAUCUGAGGAUACAGUGGGCACUGAAUCACCUGUGGAAGCUCGUUUUCGCCACAGAGUAAAAAUAGUAAUAAAAAGUUAAUUGCGACUUUAUAUAUCUUUUUUUUUUUCCUUUCACUCUUGCAAUUUAAAUGUUCACUCGGCACAGUACCUGAAAGGUGAUUAAUCUCAGCUAAUGAGCGCGUGCUAGCGUCUGGUUUUACUUGUCUUGACUAAGUGAUGUGGUGUUCUUGCUGUAUAUCACCUAUUUAUAGGGAAUGAUUGAUGCCUUGUCGGUGCAUACUUUUGUAACUCGUUCAAUGUCGAGUGGAUGCCUUAAUUGCGAGGGGGAAAAUGUCCUAAUUGUGAGGUGUAAACUCAUAAUUGCGAGUAAUAAAGUCAAUUCUGUGUGAUGCUAACUCAGAAUUGCGAGAUAAAGUCUCAAUUCCCCUUUAAAAUUGUUUUUUUGUUGUUGUUGUUUUUUUUUUUUUU